UCCUCUCCCGGAGACCUCGGGUUUGCACGAGCCGCCUUGAAAUCAGAGCCCUGCGAGCAACUCCGGGAGCGUGUGCUCGGCGACCGCGGGCUCGGCCGGCGGCGCGCGCUCGGCGCCCGGCGCCCCCCCAGCCCCACGCGCGCCGGGCGGGCGCCAUGGAGGAGGGCUCCAGCUCGCCCGUGUCCCCCGUGGACAGCCUGGGCACCAGCGAGGAGGAGCUCGAGCGGCAGCCCAAGCGCUUCGGCCGGAAGCGGCGCUACAGCAAGAAGUCGAGCGAAGAUGGCAGCCCGGCGCCGGGCAAGCGCGGCAGGAAGGGCAGCCCGAGCGCGCAGUCCUUCGAGGAGCUGCAGAGCCAGCGCAUCCUCGCCAACGUGCGCGAGCGCCAGCGCACCCAGUCGCUCAACGAGGCCUUCGCGGCGCUGCGCAAGAUCAUCCCCACGCUGCCCUCGGACAAGCUCAGCAAGAUCCAGACGCUGAAGCUGGCGGCCAGGUACAUAGACUUCCUCUACCAAGUCCUGCAGAGCGACGAGAUGGACAGUAAGAUGACCAGCUGCAGCUACGUGGCCCACGAGCGCCUCAGCUACGCCUUCUCCGUGUGGCGCAUGGAGGGCGCGUGGUCCAUGUCCGCCUCCCACUAGCGCCGCGCCGCCCACGUCCGGACCCGCGCGCCGGGCUUUAGCCACCCCAGACUUCCCGGGGACCGUGUGGACCCCAUGAGCACACACCGGUGUUUUAGGGCAUCCUCGGCGGGGCCGAGACGGCGCUCCGUGAGCACACAGAGCUCACCUCUCCUGGAGUGGCCGGGACGUGAUUUCACACAGUGAAAUAUUUUAAGGGAAGAAUUAACUUCGGGCGAUUUUGCUGGAAGUUAAAUGACUGCCAAUUCCAGAGCUCCCAAUCUGACUGCUUUUUGAGGUUAGGGUUUGCCUUCCAAUUAAAUAAGCGUCAGGUGAGGGCUGUGAUGUGUCUCCCCGCCCAUCUCAGGAAUGGCUGUCAUGCUAGAUUCGUUUUUGUUUAGUGACAUAUCGGAAAGGAUCAAUUUCAUGCGACUUCAUUGUUGAGCAAUUUGAGGUCCUCGCCGGCGUCUGGAGACUGCACGCAUGGCUCUGUCAUCUCACAGCUUCUAGAAGGAAGAAGGUGACGUUGGGGGCGUGACGACGUAAGAGAAGAUGAGGAUGUGAACGGGGGUGCUGUGUGGGGUCUCACGAGAAGCAGGGCGGCUGAGGGGAUGGAGGCCCCCUGAUGGGGAGACAGAAGGAUCCGGGCUUGCGUGCCGGUGCUGCGCUGCUGGCCGCACAAAGGUCACUUCGUCCCUCGUCCUGUCCCUCGGGGCCCUCAGGAAGGAGAGGAAGACGCUUUAUCAGAAUAAGCCCUCGGCCUGCUUCCCAGAAGAAUGACGCUUCAUGAACAUCCAGCAGGGCCGCCUCAAUUCUUCUGCCUUCACGCGCCAGGCAGGAGGCCACCCAGGCCACAGUGACUUUACAAGUGCUUUCGUCUGUUUGUUCCCAGAGGGCAGCGUGGCCCUGCUAUGGGUACCCGAGAAGUGUCGGGUGGCCCCUGCCCUGGAGGGGGCUGCCACCGUCACCAAGUGCAUUCGGUGUCCCCACGAGGUGGUGCCAGUUGGAUGCCUGCUGCA